UCCGCGCGUGGAGACCAUGGCGUUCCUGUGCAGAAUGUGACGGGGAUAACGGGAAAUAUAACUCCGACAGCGAGUUAUUGUCACAUUAGUCUGAGGAAAGGAUUGGAUUUAAAUAGAGGAUAAAAUGGGCUCUCGUAUCAAGGAGAGCCCCGGGUCACCCUUUGAGGUAUACAUGGAGGUGGUGCAUUCUGGGACGGCUGGCUCUGGACCAGAGGUACGAAGGAGUUUCCCCAACACAUACACUGACCAGGAAACGCUACAGACUAUCCCAAGGUUUUGUUUCCCCUUCAAUAUGGACAGUAUGGCAGUGGGCCAGGUGGGGCAGAACUUCACGUUUGUUCUGACGGAUAUCGAGAGUAAACAGCGCUUCGGUUUCUGCCGGCUCUCAUCGGGAGCUCAGAGCUGCCACUGCAUCCUCAGCUACUUGCCCUGGUUUGAGGUGUUUUACAAGCUGCUGAAUAUCCUGGCAGACUAUACAACCAAAGGACAGGACAGUCAAUGGAGAGAGUUGUUAGAGUCUCUACACACGUUAAACAUCCCUGAUCCUGGAGUCCCUGUGCAUUUGAGUGUGCAUUGGUUUUUCACAGUGCCUGAUCCUAGGGAAUUACCCAGUAUACCUGAAAAUAGAAAUCUCACCGAGUAUUUUGUAGCAGUGGAUGUGAAUAACAUGCUGCAUCUAUACGCUAGCAUGCUGUACGAAAGACGAAUCCUCAUUAGCUGCAGCAAGCUGAGCACUUUAACCGCAUGUGUUCAUGGUGCAGCAGCCAUGUUGUAUCCCAUGUACUGGCAGCAUGUUUAUAUUCCAGUACUGCCACAGCACUUAAUAGACUACUGCUGCGCUCCAAUGCCAUACCUCAUCGGAGUGCAUUCCAGUCUUAUGGAGAAGGUGCGAGGUAUGGCUUUAGAUGAUGUGGUACUUCUCAAUGUAGACACAAACACUCUUGAAACGCCGUUUGAUGACCUACAAAGCCUUCCUAAUGAUGUGGUUUCAUCUUUAAAGAACCGCCUAAGAAAAGUUUCCUCGACGACAGGAGAUGGAGUGGCCAGGGCGUUUCUGAAGGCACAGGCAGCUCUGUUUGGCAGUUACAGGAAUGCACUACAAAUUGAACCGGAGGAGCCAAUCACGUUCAGUGAGGAAACGUUCAUCACGCACCGAUCCAGCACAAUGAGACAGUUUCUACAUAAUGCUAUCCAACUACAGUUCUUUAAACAGUUUAUAGACGGGCGUCUGGAGCUGUUGAACUCUGGUGAAGGGUUCAGCGAUCAGUUUGAGGAGGAGAUCAACAUGGGAGAAUAUGCUGGCAGUGAUAAGACAUAUCAUCAGUGGCUUUUCACAGUGAAGAAAGGCAGUGGGGCCAUCUUAAACACAGUGAAGACAAAGGCAAAUCCUGCAAUGAGGACAGUUUACAAAUUUGCCAAAGACCAUGCCAAGAUGGGCAUCAAAGAAGUCAAGAGUCGACUCAAACAAAAGGAGCUUACAGAGAAUGGUUACUCAGAAGAGCCUGGCUCCACCCGCUUACCCUCCACACACAGCAAAGACUUCCUCACCUGGGACCAGAGACGUCCAAUCACAGUUCACUUUGGACAGACUGAGCAGUCACGUUCCCCACGGCCCCAACGUCCCCCUCCCCCCCAUCCUUCCAAACUACAGCGCAGCACACGACCAGCUCGACCUCCUCGGCCUCUGGUGGCAAAGAGACCACGCAGCAACAUCGGCAUAGAGGGAAGUCCUGAACAUUACGUGCGUCCAACCCGUCACUAUACAGUGUUUCUGUGCGAGGACUCUUCGGGUGACGAGAUGUCUCAGGAUGAUGACUCCAUUGCUGCUUUUCCUGAAAACUUCCUGCUUUCUGCUCCUUUUGAAUGGCCCCAGCCAUACAGGUCUCUGAAAGAGGCGGAGCUUGUGGAAGAAGGUGAGGAGGUUGGGGAGUGCUUCCAAGGUAACACUGCUCCGUCCAGCCCUGUCCUAGACAAGUUCUCUGACCUGAGCCUGUUGCAGGAUGCUUUCCGUAGUCAGCAGGGGGAGCCAGAAUGUACCGAAACCACAAAUACCACAAAAUCCUCUCACAGCACACACUCUACACUCAGUUCCGCCAGAAGUUUGGAGGAGCUUCGAGCAGACCCACAACAUGCCAACUUCAACUACCAGCGGAUAGAUCUUACUUCUGGUGAGCGCACACGCACACUCCCUGGUCUUAAAACCACCAAUCCGUACAACAAGCUCUGGAGCCAAAGAGAUGUCCCGUCCACGUUGCUUGGCCAAGAGUCACCUUCCUGGGAGAGACCUCUCUCCGUGCCACCCUUAGAACCCCCUGAGGCACGGCCAGCCAGCAGAGAGAGUUCAAAUCCCAGUGCAGAGAAGACCGAAGGGGCUUGUAUCACAAUCCCUCGUCCCCAAGGUCGAAAAACACCCGAACCGGGUGCUGUUCUAGCACCAGCUGUGACCCUGCUGCGUGGGGUUAAGCAGGCCAGCGAAAAGGAGGGAGGAGUGUCUGCUGGAGGGCAGGAGUUUCGGCAAGCACUGAACAUGUCUCCUCACUCCCAAUCACAAACUCAGGCGGACUUGUUGAAGCCCAGUGAGCCAAACGAGGGACAGGACUUGCUCAGCUUGUUGGACCCUCUGUGCGGAGCAACGAAGAAUGAGGCCACCCCAUCCCUCUCUAAUCCCCCUAUGCCUCCUCGACCCAACCCCCCAAACCUGCCCGCCUUCCCCCCUCCAGUAUCACUGAACCCCUUUACCCAACCACCCCAGUACCAGCCACAAAGGCAUUAUAGUCCUGUUAUCCCAGGUAACCCUUUUGCCCCAGCAUACAUGCCUCCCCCAGGUGCCAACUACAUCUCCACCUCUGCCCACCCAUUCUCAGUAUUCAGUCAGACAUCUGCUGUGGGUGUGACCCCAACCGGAGGGGCGUGGCCAAUUGGACGUGUUCCACCAUCCUCCAGCAGUAGCGGCUCUCUUUCAACCCUCUUAGACUCACCUGCUCCGGCUACUCUGGCCCAGCCUGCGCAAGUUUCUACAGACGAACCCCUUGACCCAUUCAGUGACCUUCUUUGUAUGGCAACCACACCAACAGUAAUGGCCACGCCCCCCAAAAAGAAGGUAGAGGAUUUGCGAAGAAGGUGGGAAACUUUUGACUAGCUCUGCCCACAUCUUUCCUCUACUGCUGCUACCAACCAGUGAGGGACCGAAAAUUUAGAGCCA